AUGCCGCCUCCUCGAGCUAGAAACACGGCUAGUGCCAAAGACUUGGUGAAGUGCUUCAGAUCUCACUUCAAAGACCUGGACCCGGCAGCUUUCAGAAAGGAUGUGGAGGAGGUUAUAGCACAGUAUGAGGGCUUGCUGGCAGACAUCAUGGAUGAGACAGUUCGGCCUUCAGAGUCUGUGCUGAGGGACGGCUUGGUCAGAUCUUAUGACGUCAGUGGCAAGGAUGCUCGCGCAGUGGCAAGGGACAUAUCUGCUUGCUUCAAGCAUUUGAGGAGCAAGCUGCAGUCCAGCAGUUCCGGGAAGAAGCUCACGCCCAGUGUGUGGAGGCUUGUGUCGAAGCUCAAGCAGCUUACAGGGCAAGGCACUCCGCAGAAAGCCAUGGAUCCCAUGAAAGAACGCGAGCCCGUCGAGACACCUGGCGCAGCACAGGCUCUUCCUGCAGGUGACCCUGCACCCUUUAAGCCAAGCAGAAGAUACCGUUUCAAAAGGAAGGCUACAGCUUCGUGCGAUGUUUUCAGCAUGUAUGGUCUUCCAGCCACUGCCAGUAAUGCAUCAGUUGACGAUGAGGCAGCUGCAGAGGCCUCUGACGUGGGAGAGGCAGACCAGGUGGACUCAGAUUCAGAUGUUUUGGUUGUGAAAGACUCGGAGGAAGAGGAUCUCCAGGCAGCUGCUGCAAUCCCUUUGGCAAAAGCGUACUUUGACCCCAGCCAGGGCUGCUAUGUCAAAGCCUUGGAAGGAGGCAAGUGCAUUCAUGGCGAGUUGAAGGAAGGAGCAGCUGGGUUUUGCAUGGUUCACUUCCCAGACGAAGAGCCAUUUGAGAGCCAAGUCCCGAAUCUAUGGCUGUCGAGUCGCAAAAGCGCGCCGGCUUUCAAGUUCUCCAAGCGCGGCAAGGCCGCCUUCGGAAAGGCCAAGAAGAAGGCGAAGCGAGCCGCAGAGCCUGCUGGAAAGGAGGCAGAGGCUACUGUGGGAUCCAGAGUCCGGCGAGAGCAACCAGGAGUUGCUAGCAGCCGCGCCUCUGGAGCUGGAGUCUUGGAACGGGUACCCUCUAGCUGGUAUGCCGCAGGAGGCGCUGCCGCCUUCCGGAUGCUCAGGCCUGCACUCCUACACCGUGAAGGCUCUGAUCCUUGGCACUAG